GAGCACAAGACAGCCAAACUUUGGUUAUGCAAUCUGUGAAGUUACAUACCAAAGCGAGUGGUUUAGGUUAGGUCCCCCACCUAGAUGCUUAAGAGGUGAGUUUCAUUGAGCAUUUUAACAUAGUUAAUUGAAGCUCAUGUGAGAAAAAGCCAAUUUUGCUCUUUCCUUCAAAAAUUUGGUAGGACAGAUGGCAAAGUUAGAGAGAAGGAAAAAAAAAAUGUUAAUUCAGUGUGUCGUCCCUUUCUCAUUCUCUUUUUCACUCACUCUCAUUGCUCUGCAGUCACUACCUUUUUCCUCUUCAUGACAAAAUAAGACUCUCAUUAUCUUUUUGGUUUACAUUUGCAAAUUGUUGUUAGAACUUCCAAAGUACUACAACUUUGUGCGUUAAUUCUCCGCUUUAUUUUCGUCCAUGGCGUGGCGAAAUAUAAGAUCGCUCUUUACCUUCUUGAAUGUUCGGAAUACCUUUCAGCUAAGCAGAUAUAGAAAAGUUGAGCUUGGGGCACCGGCACACACUAUUAAAUCUCAUGGCGCUGCUCUUGCUAUGAAUCACAAGCAUGAUUGGCUUAUAUUGCUGUUUCUUGCAAUGAUAGAAGUCACUCUAAUGAUCAUUCAUCCAUUUUACCGCUUUGUGGGAAAGGAUAUGAUGGAAGACCUUAAGUAUCAUAUGAAAGCCAACACAGUUCCUGGAUGGUCCGUUCCUAUGUAUGCAAUUCUGUUGCCUAUUGCCAUCUUCCUUCUCGUCUAUAUUCGUAGGGGAGAUGUGUAUGAUUUGCACCACAGCACUCUUGGUCUCUUAUUUUCUGUGCUGGUUACUGCGGUGAUUACGGAUGCAAUGAAAGAUGCAGUUGGCCGGCCUCGACCAGACUUCUUUUAUCGUUGCUUUCCUGAUGGAAAGGAAUUUUAUGAUCAAUUGGGAAAUGUAAUCUGCCAUGGUAAAGCUAGUGAUAUAAAGGAAGGGCACAAGAGUUUCCCAAGUGGUCACACUUCAGCGGCCUUUGCAGGCUUAGGUUUUUUGUCAUUUUACUUGUCUGGAAAAAUUCAAGCAUUUGAUCGCAGAGGGCAUGUGGCAAAACUAUGUAUAAUUUUCCUUCCGCUACUUGUCGCGUCCCUUAUUGGUGUCUCACGAGUUAUUGACUACUGGCACCAUUGGCAAGAUGUGUUUGCUGGAGGUUUGCUAGGGCUAGUUGUGGCAGCAUUUUGCUAUCGACAAUUCUUCCCAAACCCUUAUGAUGACGAUGGAUGGGGCCCAUAUGCAUAUUUUAAAGCUAUGGAGGAGUCACGUUGCAAUACAAACACGUCCAAUAGUAUGACUGCACCUGAUGUGCAGGCCCAAGGGAUUCAGGUUGUGAACCAACCGGGAAGAAAAAAUGGUGGGGCAGCAGGCAAUCUAAGCUCUGCCCAGGAUGCAAUGGAAUCAGGGAGAUCAUUGUGAAUAUCUUGUACUUUAUGCUUCUGGACUUCAUGUAUGUAUGUGUAAAUGACAAUUCUCUGUAUCAACAGAACUUUAGGCUUAGCAAUGUAGAAUGCAGUUUGAUUGUGGCU